ACUCUGAUGUCGGAUCUCGGAUGGCUUUGACGCUUGGUCGCUAGUGAAGUGAGUGGCUAGACUGAUUACCGGUUAUUAGUAGUUAGCAUUGCAGUUUACGUACGUCGUAGUCGGACCCUUUUAUUGCUGUACCAAUGCGAAGCAAAUCGACUUAAAUAGUUAUUGUUCAUCGUAUCUUAUACUGACAAGCGAAAAUGGUGAACAUUUCACUAUACGUUACUCACGUCGACGAUACACCUCGACGUCGAAAGGAACCGUUCAUCUGUUUUUGGGGCGUCCCUCAAAAUCGCUUCCGCAUACUGAUUGAAUUAUUCAUUGAAACUAUACAACAUAGUUUGGAGACCAGGCCUCCACCAUUGUAUCUAAAGGAACUAGAUAGCAAUCAGAUUUGCUGUGUAUUCAUCAAUAAUCAGUGGCAGCGUGCUAGAAUUCCUGAUGUGAAAUUAAGUGAAAAUGGAACACUAGAUGUUUUCUGUAUUGAUACAGGAAAGCUUCAUGCAAUUCCUCCAAAUGUUGUUCGAAUUUUGAAUUUUCCUGGAAUUGAAGAAGAGAACCUUCGAACAUGGGUUCCACUUGCUAGUAAAUUUCUCCUUGCUGAUAUCAUUGCCCCACGUGAAUCUAUAAGUUCAAGUCAUCAGUGGAGUGAGUCUGCCAUGAUGUUCUUUAAGAUGCAUGUUGAAAAACAAAUCUGGAAAGCAAUAUUGAUUGAGAACUUUAAGGAAGGUCAGAGUGUGAGAUUGUUUGGUUCAAAUAAUCAACUUUUGGCCACCAUCAUGAUUGAACGAAAAAUGGGUGUAGCUGCACAAACUUACAUAGAAUAUAUGCAAAGUUAUAGUUCAGUUGUGGUUAAAACGAAGGAUCCACACCACACCCAUGUGAUAGCCUCACCCAAUGUUAACACUACUGGAGACAAUGUGAAAAAACUACCGAGUUCCAACACCACCACUCAUGACAGCUGUAAUCAAUUGGGGAACAUCAACAUAACCAUCCCAACAUGUAUAUUUGAGAUUCCUGCUGCUAAAUUGGCUAAUACGCAGCAUCUCUAUAUCACUCAUACUGAAAAACCCGGCUAUUUUUUUGGUCAAUGUCAGAAGAUGUUUCACGAUCUUUACCAAAUGACGAAGGAGCUUGAUAAAUUAUACUCUUCAGUGCCCUAUCCUCCUCUUCUUUAUGCGGAUGUAAAAAGCCACUUGUUGGAAUAUGGUGUGCUGAAAUGGGAUGAAUUUAAUGUUUAUCGUGUCCGAAUAACCAAGGAAUUUGUUAACCAUGCCGAAGUUAUGUUCAUUGACUUCGGGAGUACCGUCAUGAUAUCGCGUAGCAAAAUUCUGGCCCCACUUCAAAGUUCAACUCUUUUUCGUCAACCUCCUUUUGGUAUUCAUUGCCAACUAGAGAACAAUGUGACCAUGUCCAUUCCAGAAUGGAGAGACCUUAUCGUGGGCAAAUUCUUAAAAGUAAAAGUUGGAAAAUGUGUGGAUGGUAUCUAUUCCGUGAAAUUCACAAAUGAUCCAUGCAAUGACAAAAUUGCAAAGAUUCUUUCCCCAGCUGUUUUGUCGGAAUCGAAAGAUUUGAAAAGUGAACCAAAUAUGGGAAAAGAAUGUUACCUACAGACUUCAGUUCCUUCAUCCGGUCGACUCCGGACGAUUGAUAGAUCUAUGAGAAAUCAAGAAAACAGCAUCUCCGUAACCGUUUUCUGGGGAUCCCGCAGUGAUGUCGGAAGAUUAGAGGAAGUGGAUCUGCCCAAGAUAUCCAAAACACGGACGUAUUCAUGCCACCCGAUGAGUUAUCCAGUACAACCGGUUCCACUAAACCAACCAGUUAAAGUUGUUUAUGUCAACAAUCCGUCAAGUUUCUACGUUCUGCAAUUGGAAUCCUGGACCGCCCUAGGAGAUUUAGAAAAAAACCUAAACGCAGUAUAUUCCGAUGAAUCCAAACCUUCAAUUGUAGAACCGAAACCUGGCUCUGCAUGCGUGGUUCAAUAUGAAGAAGAUAACGGAUGGUAUCGCGGACAAAUUGUGAAAUACUGUGCUCAUCAAGGAGCCACUGUUCUUUUCGUCGACUGUGGAAACACGCAACUUGCUCCUGUCGAGAAAAUCAAAAGCAUCGACGAGGAAUUCGUAAAACUACCUCCACUUGCGUAUCACUGCAAGCUGGAUGAAGAAGACGCGUCUCGCGAUUGGACAGUGGAGGAGAAAGACAAAUUUCAAAGUCGCACCAUGGGAAAAAUAUUCUUAGCGACUUUCACUAUUCUGGAUUCAGAAGGAAAAUAUCUUGUGCGAUUGGUGGAAGAAACGAAGAAAGAAAAAAUUGUGGUUAAAGAUAACUUGGGAGCACCAAGUUUUCCGAACAUCCUACCACCCAGUGCUGGGUAUUCCAGUAGAAGCGUUUCUGAUAAACCGAUCAGCGUCGUCGUUAGUUAUUUUGUUCAUCCAUUCCGAUUCUUUCUUUCAAGUCCAGUUAUCUGCGCAUAUCAGAACGAACUGGAGGAACUUGAAAAGUUCUAUUCAUCGCUUUCCCCCAAUGAUUUGCACGAGGAUCAGCCCAGUUUAGGAUUACCUUGCGUUGCUCGUUUCGCCGAAGACGGUCGUUACUAUCGUUCGCAAAUCCUCAGUAUUGUUGAUGAUAUUGCUGACAUUCUUUUUGUUGAUUAUGGAAAUCAACAGAAGACUCCUCUGUCUGAAUUAAAACGAAUAACCCCAUGCUUCAUGGAAUUUCCGCAAAUGACCUGGCAGUGUAAAUUAAAAGGGGUAAAGAAGGCCAGCCCGAUCUGCCCCGAUUUUCAGAAACACAUCGACACAUGCUUUGCAACUAAUGAGGAGCUUUCUGCUUUGUUUCAUCCUGCAAGUCCAGGCGAGAACAAUAGAGUCUUUGAAGUGGAUUUGACUGUUCCCAAAAUUGGCGAUGCGUCCCAGUAUUUGAUCGAAAAAAAUGUCGUUGAACGUGUUUCGCUGGAAGCAGAUGUGGAAUUGGCUGCCCAGGAUGUGAACUUUUCUCCACAGCAAAUCAUUUCUACCAAUGCUAUCACAUUGUGUUUCAAAUCACCAUCCGAAUUUUGGGUUCAAUUUGAUCCGAUUUCCGUGAAUGAUUUCAUGGCACGCUUAGACAAACUGGCUCUCGAUCCUCAGUUUCUCAACAAAAAGGACUUCAUUCCCUCCGUUGGCAAACCUUGUUUGGCUUUCUACGAGGUCGAUAAACGUUGGUAUCGCGCGAAAGUCGAAGCCGUCAAAGAAGACUGUGUCACGAUCUGCUAUGUUGACUACGGAGAGAGUUGCGAUGUGAAGACCUUCGAAGUGCGUGGAUUACCCAAAGAAUUUGCGCAACAACCGGCCCUGGCUUUUAAAUGUUGCCAGGAUGGCUCCGAAAAUUUUUCAGAAUCCGCUUCGAAGUUAUUUGAAGAAAUCGUCGUGGAUUUGGAAAGCUUUUCUGUCAAGUUCUUGAAGUUGGUCGAUGGAGUUCUUUGCGUUCGACUCUCUCAUGGUGAAAGUGAUCUUGGUGAACUCUGCAGCCCAGUUGAAACUGAACCUUUACCCGAAGAGCCAGUUAUAUCUGGCGCCGUGGUUCAAGCUGAAUCGUUAGUUCAAGAUGUUGCUGUCACAAACAACCUAGCCGUCAAUGAUGUUUUUGGAACUCUUCUACUGUUUACUGAAUAUACCAGUCUUCCUGUUUCGGAAACACCGAUGGAAGUCUGUGUCUCUUGGUUUUAUAAUCCUGGCCAAUUUUUCUUAAGCCCCGUAAACCUAUCGAAAUAUCAGAACUGUUUGGAGGAGCUUGAAAAAUUCUAUUCGUCACUUUCUCCCGAAGAGUUGAUGGAGGAGCAACCCAUACUAGGGUUACCUUGCGUUGCCCGCUUUACAGAAGAUGAUCGCUACUAUCGCUCUGAAAUUCUGUCGAUUCGUGGCGAAAUCGCUGAGCUUCUUUUUGUGGAUUUCGGAAAUAAACAAAACACUCCUCUGUCGCAGGUGAAGCGCAUGGUCCCACGCUUCUUGGGGUUUCCCAAAUUGGCAUGGAACUGCAAACUGGAAGGAGUAAAAAAGAUGACUACCUUCUCCAUCAAUCCCGAAGCAAAAAAAUAUCUUGCCGCUUGCUUCUUAACCGGGGAAACCGUUACUGCUUCAUUUCACUCUACAGGUUCAGAUGGAAACAAAGAGUUUUUUGAAGUGGAUUUGGCUGUUCCCGAGAUAGGCGAUGUCUCCCAAUAUUUAAUUCGAAACAAUAUCCUAGAACGUAUUUCACAUCCGAAAUUGCCUGCCCAGAAUCUAGAAUUCGUUUCGAAUCAAAUAAUUUCUACCCAUGCUGUCGCCUCUUACAUCAAAUCUCCCACUGAAUUUUGGGUUCAGUUAGAUCCAGUAUCAUUGGAACUCAUCGCGGAUCUUAUUGAUAAAUUGGUCAUUGAUCCCGUGUUCACCAACGAAAAUAAUUUCACCGUCUUCAAAGGCAAACCUUGUUUGGCAUUCUUCCCUGAUGACCAACGCUGGUAUCGCGCUACAGUUGAGGCUGUAAAUGGAGACACUGCCCAAGUCUUCUAUUUCGAUUAUGGCAACAAUUGCGCCGUGAAAAUGUCCGAUUUGCGUCAAUUACCUAUUGAAUUGAGCAAACAGGCAGCUCUGGCUUUCAAGUGUUCCUUGGAUGGAAGUAAAGGUUUUUCUAAGGAUGCCAUCGCCGCUUUUGAGACUCUCAUGUUUGGACUGCCUGCGUUUACCAUUGAGUGCUUGGAUGUCAUCGACGGAGUUCUUCGCGUUCGUCUCUACUCUUCUAGUGGGAUAAACCUUAUCAAGCAACUCAGCAGCGGAAAAUUGUCUCUACCACCAAUACCGGAAGAAGAAUCAGUUGAAUCGAUCCCAGAAGUUGUAUUCACUGAAUUGGAAGGAAAAAUAAGCUACUAUUCUUCCAACAUUUUCUGGUUCCAUCUUGAAAGGAAUAAAGUUGAAAUGAAGGAAAUGGAGGACCAACUAAAUCAACUGUGCAAAAGAGACGCCAAUUUCUUUUCCGACAAACAUAAGCCAAAGAAUAACCUGAUCUACGGAAUCAAACACCCCAAAUUUGCCACCUGGCGCCGUGGACUGCUUUACAAAAUUUUUACGAAUACUGCCUCUGUUUAUUUUUUGGAUUACGGAGAUAGCCAAGUUGUCUCUUUUGCUGAAAUCUUCGCAUUACCUGAUCAGUUUCAAUGCAUUCCUCCAUUUGCGAUCCGGUGUCGCGUUAAGACUAGUUGGAAGCCAGUAGAAUUAACACCAGUUGUCUUAGAGAAACUGAAUGGAGUGUGUUUCUAUCCUCAAACUCCGUGUAAGUUGGUGUGUGGGAGACGUGAAAAUGAUAAAGUAUCGUUCAUCGACUCUUUUUUUGUCGGUGAACAUGAGAUUCUUGAGUUGCUUUGCACUGGUCUCACGAAGAAAGAAUGUGGACAAUCUGUUACAUUGGUCCAAUGCAUCAAUUUAAUGGGUGAGAAGGGCUGGAAGGGAGGUGAUUGGUGUUCAGGACUGAGGAGCUCGUCAGUCAUACAGUUUGUGGAUUUGUUGGGACGUUAAUAAUUCUUACCAUUUCAUUAAGAAGUUAUUCUCUUAUUAUUUCAUUUUUAUCAAGUUUAAUUAAGAAAUAUCUUGUGUGUAUUCCAUUUUUAUGUCACAUGACAAAUUGCUAUUAUGGUAAUGUCGUUCCAUUUUUAUGCCACAUGACUCAUUGCUAUUAUGGUAAUGUCCUUUCUUUUCGUAUAAAGGAAAAAAUUCAAAACUGUAUUGUGUUUUGUGACUAAAAUAAAAUAAGAAACGUGUUAAAUUU